AUGGCCGGGCCCCGGGGCCGCCUGCUGCUCUGCCUCCUGGCCGCCUGUGUGGCAGGCUCCAGCUGCGUCAGGGGCCAGAAGGUGCGCUCCAAGCGCUGCGAUACCAAGACGAAGUUUUACAGCCACACGCCCUGCACCCACUGCGCCGCCGUGAAGCGGCGGAUGUGCCCCUCGGGCUGGGCCCCGGAGUUCCCGCAGCAGAUAUCACGAGACUGUCGCUAUGAGGUGAAGCUGGGGGAGUCCACGCUGUCCUUGAGCGGCUGCAGACAGGAGUGCUGGAAGGAGGUGGUGCACAAGGCCUGCUGCGCCGGCUACUGGGGGUCGCAGUGCUACGAGUGUCCUGGGGGCGCUGAGACCCCGUGCAGCGGGCAGGGGACCUGCCUGGACGGCCUGGACAGGAACGGCACCUGCGUGUGCCAGGAAAACUUCAGCGGCUCAGCCUGCCAGGAGUGCCGAGACCCCAACCGGUUUGGGCCGGACUGCCAGUCUGUGUGCAGCUGUGUCCAUGGAGUGUGCAGCCGCGGCCCACGCGGGGACGGCAGCUGCACGUGCUUUGCUGGGUUCACGGGGCCCCGCUGUGACCAGGAGCUGCCAAUCUGCCAGGCCCUGAAGUGUCCACAGAACUCUGAGUGCUCCGCUGCGGCCCCCUCCUGCCGCUGCCUGCCUGGCUACACCCAGCAUGGCUGGGAGUGCCGAGCUCUCAACCCCUGCCGGUCACCCUCGCCCUGUGCCCCGAUGGCCCAGUGCUCGGUGAGCCCCUCGGGGCAGGCCCAGUGUCUCUGCCGAGAGGGAUACCAUGGUGACGGCACAGUGUGUCAGCCCCAAGACCCAUGUACAGCCAACUACGGGGGCUGCCCCAGCAACUCCACCACAUGCCUGUACCAAGGGCCAGGCAAGGCCACCUGCUCCUGUAAGCCUGGUCUAGUCAGCAUCAGCCCCUUAAUCGCCGGCUGUGUCCCCCGGUGCUUCCCUGUCUCCUGCGACCGCUCAGCCACCUGCCAGGUGACCCCAUACCAGAGGACGAGCUGCGUGUGCAAGGAGGGCGAGGUGGGGGAUGGGCGUGCCUGCUAUGGCCACCUGCUGCAGGAGGUGCAGAAGUCCAGCCAGGCGGGCCUAAUGGUCCUGCGUCUGAGAGUCGCCGUGGACAUGCUGGGCCAGGGCUGCCGGGAGCUCCUCAGCACGUCGGGCCCCUUCACCGUGCUGGUGCCUACCAUCCUCAGCUCCUCCUUCCCCAUGACCAUGAACGUGUCCUUGGCGCAGCAGCUCUGCAGGCAGCAUGUGAUCGCGGGGCAGCACGUGCUGGAGGAGGAGGGUCCGCAGACACGCCACUGGUGGACACUGGCCGGCCAGCACAUCACGGUCACCUUCAACCGCCUGAUGCGCAAAUUCUCCUACGUGUAUGAAGACCAGCCGCAGAAGAAGCUCACCAUCCAGCGGCCGAACUACCCGGCCUCCAACGGAGUCUUCCAUCUGGUCCCCAGCCUGCGGACCGAGCCCCCCACGGGCGUCCCUGGGGACCCCGAGAAAACUGUGGGCAGGAUCCUCGCCUCCACAGAUGCCUUCAGCCGCUUUGAGACCAUCCUGGAGAAUUGUGGGUUGCCCUCCAUGCUGGAUGGGCCCGGGCCCUUCACAGUCUUUGUGCCAAGCAACGAGGCCGUGGACAGCCUGCGUGACGGCCGCCUCAUCUACCUCUUCACUGAGGGUCUCUCCAAACUGCAGGAGCUGGUGAAGCACCACAUCUACAGCCAUGGCCAGCUGACCACCGAGAUGCUCAUCUCCAAGGGCCGGGUCCUCACCAUGGCCAACCAGGUGCUGACUGUGAACGUCUCUGAUGAGGGGCGCAUCCUGCUGUGGCCUCAGGGGAUCCCCCUGCGGCAAGUGGACAUACCGGCUGCCAAUGGGGUGAUCCACCUGCUGGAGGGGGUCCUGCUGCCCCCCACCAUCCGCCCCAUCCUGCCCAAGCACUGCAACGAGGAGCAGUACCAGAUGAUGGUGGGCUCCUGUGUGGACUGCCAAGCCCUGAACACCAGCACGUGCCCCCCCAACAGCGUGGGGCUGGACGUCCACCUCACGGAGUGUGUCUACGUCCACGACCCUGCUGGGCUGGACGUCCUGAAGAAGGGCUGUGCCCGCUACUGCAACCAGACUGUCACGAAGCGCGGCUGCUGCACAGGCUUCUUUGGGCCCGACUGCGCACAGUGCCCCGGGGGCUUCUCCAGCCCCUGCUAUGGCAAAGGCAAGUGCAGCGAUGGGUCCCAGGGCAACGGAGCCUGCCUCUGCUUCCCGGACUACAAGGGCAUUGCCUGCCACAUCUGCUCCAACCCAAAUAAACAUGGAGACCAGUGUCAGGAAGACUGCGGCUGUGUGCACGGGCUGUGUGACAACCGUCCCAGCAGUGGAGGGGUGUGCCAGCAGGGCACGUGUGCCCCUGGCUUCAGCGGCCGCUUCUGCAACGAGUCCGAGGGGGCCUGUGAGCCCACGGGCCUGGCCCAGCCAUGCCACCAGCAGGCCCGCUGUGUCCUACGAGGGGGUGUCCCCAGGUGUCUCUGCCUGGAUGGCUACGAGGGCGACGGCGUCUCCUGCUUACCCAGCAACCCCUGCUCCCACCCUGACCGCGGCGGAUGCUCCGAGAACGCUGAGUGUGUCCCCGGGGCCCCAGGCAACCACAGCUGCACCUGUAACAAGGGCUGGACUGGGGACGGCCGGGUGUGCGUGGCCAUCGAUGAGUGUGAGCUGGAUGGGCGGGGCGGCUGCCAUGCUGACGCCCUCUGCAGCUACGUGGGGCCCGGGCAGAGCCGGUGCACCUGCAAACUGGGCUUCGCGGGCGACGGCCAGGUGUGCAAUCCCAUCGACCCCUGCCGAGCUGGCAACGGGGGCUGCCACGACCUGGCCACCUGCCGGGCAGUCGGGGGAGGUCAGCGGGUUUGCUCAUGCCCCGCUGGCUACGGGGGCGACGGCCUCAGCUGCUACGGGGACAUUGUGCAGGAGCUGGCGGCAAAUGCCCACUUCUCCGUCUUUUCCCAGUGGAUUAAGAGCGCCGGCCUGACCCUCCCUGCUGACAGCCACGUCACAGCCCUAGUGCCCCCGGACUCCGCCAUCAGCCGCCUGAGCUCCCAGGACCGGGCUUUCUGGCUGCAGCCAAGGAUGCUGCCGCGGCUGGUCAGGGCCCACUUUCUCCAGGGUGCCUUCUCUGAGGAGGAGCUGGGGCGCCUGGCCGGGCAGGAUGUGGCCACCCUGGAGCCCCGCACGCACUGGGAGAUUCGCAACACCAGUGGAAGGGUGUGGGUGCAGAAUGCCAGCGUGGAUGUGGCAGACCUCCCUGCCACCAAUGGGGCCCUGCACAUCCUCAGCCAGGUCUUGCUGCCUCCGGUGGGGGAUGGGCUGCAGGGGCAGGGCCUGCUGCAGCAACUGGGGUCUGUACCCGCCUUCAGCCUCUUCCGGGAGCUGCUGCAGCACCAUGGGCUGGUGGCCCAGAUCGAGGCCGCCCCUGCCUACACCAUCUUUGUGCCCACAAACCAGUCCCUGGAGGCCCAGGGCAACCGCAGCAUCUUGGACUUAGACACAGUGCGACACCAUGUGAUCCUGGGGGAGGCGCUCACCGUGAAAGACCUGAGGAGAGGCGGGCACCGCAACUCUCUCCUGGGCCCUGCCCACUGGCUGGUGUUCUACAAUCACAGUGGACAGCCCGAGGUGAACCACGUGCCCCUGGAAGGCCCCGUGCUGGAAGCCCCCGGCUGCUCCCUGCUGGGCCUGUCCCAAGUCCUGAAGGUGGGCUCCAGCCGCUGCCUGCACAGCCAUGCCCAGGCCCUGCGGGAGAAAUGCGUCAACUGCACCAGGAAGUUCCGCUGUUCCCAGGGCUACCAGCUGCAGGAAACGCCCAGGAAGAGCUGUGUCUUCCGCUCUGUCACCGGCUCUCUGACGACCUUCUCCCGGGGUUGUUCUUACACCUGCGUCAAGAAGAUUGAGGUGCCGGACUGCUGCCCUGGCUUCUUCGGCACACUGUGCGAGCCGUGCCCGGGGGGGCUGGGCGGUGUGUGCUCUGGCCACGGGCAGUGCCAGGACCGGCUGCUGGGCAGCGGGGAGUGCCGCUGUGAGGAGGGCUUCCAUGGCACAGCCUGCGAGACCUGCGAGCUGGGCCGCUAUGGGCCGGACUGUGCCAGAGCGUGUGACUGUGUGCACGGACUAUGCCAGGAGGGCCUGCGUGGAGAUGGCAGCUGCAUCUGCAAUGCCGGCUGGCGGGGACCCCGCUGUGACCAGAAUGCCACUGACCCUCGGUGCUCAGCUGGGUGUGAUCCCAACGCCAACUGCAUGCAGGACUCAGCUGGAGCCCCGGUCUGCAUCUGUGCAGCAGGAUAUGCAGGAAACGGCACCCACUGUUCAGAGGUGGACCCCUGUGUCCAGGAACACGGGGGCUGCUCACCCCACGCCAACUGCACCAAGGUGGCUCCUGGGCAGCGGACGUGCACCUGCCAAGAAGGCUACACGGGCGACGGGGAGCUGUGUCAGGAGGUUAAUAGCUGUCUCUUCUACCGCGGGGGCUGCCACAUUCACGCAGAGUGUAUUCCCACUGGCUCCCAGCAGGUGUCUUGCAGUUGCCAUGAGGGGUACAGCGGGGAUGGUGUCCGGACCUGUGAGCCCCUGGACCCCUGCUCCCAGCGCAACGGCGGCUGCAGCCCCUAUGCGGUGUGCAAGAGCACCGGGGAUGGCCAGAGGACCUGCACCUGCGACGCAGCACACACCGUGGGCGACGGGCUCACCUGCCGUGCCCGAGUCGGCCUGGAGCUCCUUCGAGACAAGCACGCCUCCUUCUUCAGCCUCCACCUCUUGGAAUACAAAGAGCUCAAAGGAGACGGGCCCUUCACCAUCUUCGUGCCACACGCGGGCCUCAUGACCAACCUGACCCAGGAGGAGCGGGCCCGGAUUCGCGCGCACCGCCGGCUGGUGUUCCGCUACCACGUGGUCGGCUGCCGGAAGCUGGGGAGCCAGGAGCUGCUGGACGCCCAGUACGUCACGGCGCUCUCCGGGCACCCUCUGCGCUUCAGCCGCUCCCAGGGCAGCGUCUACAUCAACGACUUUGCGCGUGUGCUGAGCAGCGACCACGAGGCUGUGAACGGCGUCCUGCACUUCAUCGACCGUGUCCUGCUGCCGCCCGACGCGCUGCACUGGAAGCCCGACGCCGCUCCAGCUCCACCGCGAAACGUCACCGCUGCUGCAGACAGCUUUGGCUAUAAGAUCUUCAGUGGCCUCCUGAAGGUGGCUGGCCUCCUGCCUUUGCUUCAAGACGUGUCCCACGGGCCUUUCACGAUGCUGUGGCCCACAGACUCAGCCUUGCGAGCCCUGCCCCCAGAGCGCCAGGCCUGGCUAUACCACGAGGCACAUCGGGCCAAGCUGGCAGCCGUUCUGCGCGGCCACGUGAUCUACAACAUGGAGGCCUUGGCAUCUGACCUGCCCAACCUGGGCCCGCUCCGCACCAUGCACGGGACCCCGGUCUCCUUCUCCUGCAGCCUCUCCCGGCCCGGCGAACUCCUGGUGGGUGAGGGCGAGGCCCAAAUUGUGCAGCGGUACCUGCGCUUCGAGGGUGGCCUGGCCUAUGGCAUUGACCGGCUGCUGGAGCCGCCCGGCCUGGGUGCUCGUUGUGACCGCCUGGAGAACCAGCUGGUGCAGAAGGCCUGCGGCAUCUGUGGGAUGGAGCCGCCUUGCCCCCAGGGCUGGAAGGAACAGGGCAACCCUGAGGCCUGCUGGCACAUCUACACCAAGUUCCGGGCCCCCUUUUCACUGCGCCCGUGGGCCCACAGCAGCCUCUGGGGGCGGCCCAGCCUCUGGGGUCAAUCCCAGAGCCUGGGCCGGGGCUGCCGCCGAAACUGUGUCACCACCAUCUGGAAGCCCAGCUGCUGCUCCGGCCACUAUGGUAGCGAGUGCAGAGCAUGCCCCGGGGGCCCCAGCAGCCCUUGCAGUGACCAUGGAGUGUGUGCAGAUGGCAUGAGCGGCAGCGGACAGUGCAAGUGCCGCCCAGGUUUCGCUGGGACAGCGUGUGAGCUCUGCGCCCCAGGUGCUUUUGGGCCCCUUUGCCAAGCCUGCCGCUGCGCCUCCCAUGGGCACUGUGACGAAGGCCUUGGGGGCUCCGGGGCCUGCUUCUGUGAUGAGGGUUGGACCGGGCCCACCUGCCAGGUGCAGCUGGUGCUGCAGCCUGUGUGCACACCCCCCUGCGCCCCCCAGGCCGUGUGCCGUGGGAACAACAGCUGCGAGUGCAGCCUGGGCUACGAAGGGGAUGGCCGCGUGUGCACAGUGGUAGACCUGUGCCAGGAUGGGCAUGGUGGCUGCAGUGAGCAUGCCAGCUGCAGCCAGGUGGGCACAGUGGUGACCUGCACUUGCCUGCCUGACUACGAGGGGGACGGCUGGAUCUGCCAGGCCCGCAACCCUUGUGAGGACGGCCACCGUGGGGGCUGCAGUGAGCAUGCUGACUGCCAAAGCACUGGGCCGAACACGCGGCGCUGUGAGUGCCACACUGGCUAUGUGGGGGAUGGGCUGCAGUGUCUGCCAGAGCCCGAGCUGCCAGUGGACCGCUGCCUGGAUCAGCCCCGGCCCUGCCAUGCCGACGCUACAUGCACUGACCUGAACUUCCAGGAGAAACGGGCUGGGGUUUUCCACCUGCAGGCCAGCAGUGGUCCUUAUGGCCUGACCUUCUCUGAGGCUGAGGCGGCAUGUGGGGCCCAGGGGGCCGUCCUGGCAUCGUUGUCCCAGCUUUCUGCUGCCCAGCAGCUGGGCUUGCACCUGUGUCUCGUGGGCUGGCUAGCCAAUGGCUCGGCCGGCCACCCUGUCGUCUUCCCCGCGGCUGACUGUGGUAACGGGCGGGUGGGCGUUGUCAGCCUGGGCACUCGUCAGAACCUCUCGGAGAGCUGGGAUGCCUACUGUUAUCGCACACAAGACGUGGAAUGCCAGUGCCGGGACGGCUUCGUGGGUGACGGGGCUGCUGUGUGCAAUGGGAAGCUGCUUGAUGUCCUGGCUGCCACUGCCAACUUCUCCACGUUCUAUGCGAUGAUCUUAGAUUAUGCCAAUGCCACCCAGCGAGGUCUCGACUUCCUGGGCUUCCUGAGCGACGAGUCCACCUUGAAGACGCUCUUUGUCCCCGUCAAUGAAGGCUUUCCGGACAACAUGACACUGAGUGGGCCGGACCUGGAGCUGCACGCUGCCAACACCACCUUCCUGAGUGCCAAUGCUAGCCAGGGGGCUCUACUCCCCGCCCACUCGGGCCUCAGCCUUGUCAUUGCCAGUGGGGGCAACAGUUCUCAGCCCUCUGUGGUCCCAGGAGCGGUGGUGGUUGGCAGUGUCAUUCAGUGGGACAUAGUGGCCGUCAACGGCAUCAUCCACGCUCUGGCCAGCCCCCUCCUGGCCCCUCCACAGGCGAAGACAGUGCGGGCCCCAGAGGCACCUCCGGUGGCAGCAGGCGUGGGGGCUAUGGUGGCUGCUGGAGCCCUGCUCGGCCUGGCAGCUGGGGGCCUCUACUUCCGGGCUCGAGGCAAGACCCCAGGCUUUGGUUUCUCAACCUUCCAGGCAGAGGCUGACGCCAAUGACGACUUCUCCCCGUGGCAGGAGGGGACCAGCCCUGCCCUGGUCUCUGUCCCCAACCCUGUCUUUGGCAGCCCCGACGAUGUCUGUGAGCCCUUCGAUGACUUGCUCCUGGACCAGGACUUCCCAGACACCCGGAGCAUCCUGGCGGUCACGUGACGACGCGAGGAUGAGCAGCAGGAAGGGGCACGGCCUUUAUUGCCUCCCUCCCUCCCUCCCCUCCCGGACAAUAAAGGUGGCUGCUCAGCGGA